GUUUGUAAGGACUAUAAGGAAAAAAAAAAAAAGUAAGGCGUCGAUUUUUUUACUCAAUUUUUUAAAGCUGAAGGGCCCCAUUGCAAGUUGCAACGUGCAAGUCAAUACAAAUUGCAAAUGUUGGAAAAUUUUUAUUAUUGUGUCACACACAGCUGUUAUAAUAAAUUUUUUAACAAGUCAACAAUAAUUUUAUCCAUGUAAACAACAAAAAAAAAAAAAAGUCUUGAGCAGAUUGUUAGCUCCAUUAUAAAUUAUAAAAAUAUAAAAAAAAAAACAUGGAGCCUGUGAAUUUUUUUCCAUUACAAUAAUGGAGUAAACUAGAUAACGAUAAACUAUUUACAUUAAUUUUGAUAAAUAAUAUCAAAUAAUAAAAAAAAAUAAAAAGUAGAACAACAAAUCAACAUAAUCUUAUCAAUCUGAGUCCAGAGUAUGACAACGACAAUGGACACAGAUUCAGAAAGUCAAGAUAGUGAUGAUGGACGUCGUUUUCGUUUUGAAACAACAAGAAAAGAUGCAACAACAGCAGCACUACAAGCUAGAAAAAGAAAUGUAGGAUCAUCACCACCACCACGUGAUAAUUUACGUAGAUCAAGAUCACGUGAUCGUCCACGAUAUGAAAGAAAAGAUGAUAAUAGAAGACAAGAUUAUCGUGGUAAUAAUUAUGAUGAUAAUAAUAGAAGAAAUCAAAAAGAACAAAGAAAUCGUGAUGAUGAUCAACGUAAAAAAGAUGAUAAUUAUAGAUACAGAGAUAAUAAAAAUUAUUCAUCAUCAAAAGAUCCAAGAGAAUCAACAAAUAGUAGAGAUUCGCGAGAAUUAUUAAAUAGAGACUCAAGAGAAUCAACAAAUAGAGAUUCAAGAUCACGUGAUUUACGAGAAUCUAAAAAUUCAAGAGAUGAUAAUAAACGUAAACGUUCAAGAGAAAGAAAUCGUGAUUUAAAAAAUCGUGAUAAAUACAGAAGAUAUUCACGUGAACGUGAAAGAUCAAAUCGUGAUUCAAUACGUCAAGAUGAACAACAACAAAAAUCAAUUAAAGAAACAAGUAAAGAAUAUAUACGUAUUAAUGAAAAAAAAGUUAUACAAGGAAACCAAGAAUGUAAAGAUUUAAAUCUUUCGGAUUUUGAUAUUGUUUCAGAUACUGAAGAACUAACAUCUGAUAAUAUAAAUAUUAAAACAACAGCUAAAACAUCAAGAGGAGAAUUUAAAGAGCAAAUAAAUUCUGAAGAAACUGAUAAGGUAAUAAAUUCUCCUCCUCAAAAUGGUGAUCAUGUCAAUGAUAUUGAUGAUGACGAUGUUGAUGAUGAUGAUAACGAUGAUAAUGACAAUCAUGAUGAUGAAAAAUCACCAAAUUUGGAUAAUAGUAACAAUCAUGAUAUUUCAGAUUUUUUAUUAGCUUCAACAUCAGCCAAGUCAUCGUGCAGUUACAAUGACGACGACGACAACGACAACAACGACAACCACGACGACAACAAUAGAUUAAUAAAUAAUAAAAAUAAAAAUUGUACAGAAGUAAUUAAAAAAUUGGAUAUAAGUAAAAAUAAUAAUGAUGAUGAUGCUGAUGAGGAUUCAUAUGGUCCUAUUUUACCACCAAGUAUCAAUGAAAAAGUACCAGAAAAAAAAAUUAUUGGUCCAUGUUUACCGGAAUGUUUUAAAAAACAAAUUGAAGAAAAUAUUAUUAAAAAUGAAAAUGAUGAUGAUGAUGAAGAAGAAGAAGAUACUUUUGGACCUGCUUUACCACCACAUUUAGCUAGUAAAAAUUGUCAAGUACUUGAACAAGAGUUAGCUGUUAAAAUGGAUAUAUCUGAUAGUGUUAAAGAUGUUAAAAAUUGUGAAGAUAAUGAUGACGAUGAUGAUGGAUGUAUAGGACCACUUCCUGCUAAUCAUCCAGCAUUACAAGAUGACUUGGUUCAACAACAGCUGGAAUACAGGGCAAGAAUGAUUAAAAGAGAAUUAGCUGAAAUUGAUAAUAAUGUUGAUGAAAAAAAACGAGAGGAAUGGAUGACUGAGUUGCCAUCAAUACAAACAGCUCAUUUAGGACUUGUUCCAAGAUCAUUUCGUUCAAAACCUGGUCCUGAUAUGUCUGAUAGAUCAAGCUGGACAGAUACUCCAGUUGAUAGAGCGAAAAAACAACGUGAAAAAUUAUUAAUGAUUGGAAAUGGUUCAAAAGAUAAAGCACCAAAUGAGCCAGAAAUAAUGGAAAAACCUAGUAAAAGAAAAGAAAAAUCUUUGAUGGAGAUGCAUCAGAAAAAACUACAUAAAAAGAAAAAAAAAGAAGAAAAAGAAGCUAAAGAAGCUGGAUUAUCAAUUCGAAGACCAUUUGAUCGUGACAUUGAUAUGCAAGUUAAUCGUUUUGAUGAAGCAAGAAAUAAAACUAUUCUAAGAAAAGCAGCAUCACUUGAUGAUAGAUUUGCACGUGGAAAAAUAUAAUUUUAUAAAAAAAAAAUAAAUCAAUUAAUUAUCACAAUAAUUAUACGUACACUGAAGCACAAAUAAGUGUAAAAUAAAGAUAAAGACGUCAGGUGCCUUUUUUUUUUAAAUUGGUAUUAAUUUGUAAAUUUAUAAUAUCAAAAAAAAAUUUAAUGUCGUAUGUUUUCAUGAAUUUUAAGUUAAUAAUAUUAGUUCUUGGAUAAGAAAAAAAUAAGGAUUUAUUCUGCAAAAAUUGUAACAAAAAGCAAAAAAAAAACAAUAUCACUGAUGCUUUUGUGUAUUAAUCUACUUGGCUUUGUGUAAAUAAAAAUAUCACUUGUAAUAAUUAAAAUUAAUGUAAUUUGUUUAUCUUGUUUUGUUGCUGAAAUUAUUUGGGUAUUAAAAAAAAUAUAAAUCAA